CGGGAUCAUGGGAUCCGCGCGCGGCAGGGUACGCGAAUCAUGCGCGCACCGGCCGGGCUGCUUUGGCUAAAGCGACGCGAGGCCAUAAUUCGGUGAGGCCGUUAUGAGGAGUCGAGCUUCACCGGCAUCCCAUGUCGUCACCCUGCCCCACGCACGCCAGGGGCAACAUGCCUUUGCUUGCUCGCCGCCUGCCUCUGUAUAUAUACAGCAGCAUCUCUCCCACCUUCUACCAGCCUCAUUAGCCACCAAGACCUAGCUGCUGCCUAGCUAACUAAGCCUGACCGCAGCUCAGCAACCACCUGACCUGAGGGCCAGUUCCAGCAGCGGAUCCUCAGCCUUGAUCUGCGCCGGAUCGGAGCGACGGUUGAUCGGCCGAGCUAGCAGCCAGUAGCUAGCUAGCCAGCGCGCGAUGGCGAGGGUCCACCCCAACGUGCUGCCGUCGCCGGCUGCUGAGAAAGCCGCGGCGGGGCCGCCGGCGGCGGGCGAGGAGGAGCCGACGACGCUGACGGUGUGGCGCAAGUCGCUGCUGUUCAACUGCAGGGGGUUCACGGUGUUCGACGCCAAGGGCGACCUCGCCUACCGCGUCGACAGCUACGACGACGCCGAGGCCGAGGUCGUGCUCAUGGACCCCGCCGGCCGGCCGGCCUUCACCGUGCGCCGCAAGCGCCUGAGCCUGUCCGGCGAGCAGUGGCUCAUCUUCGCGGGCGAGGAGGCGCGGCGCCCCGUGUACGCCGUCAAGCGCGGCGGCGGCAAGUCCAUGGCACGAGUGGCGCACGGCGCCGCGGGAUCAGGCGCCGGCGGCGGGGCGCCCUUCGAGGUGGAGGGUUCCUACGCGCGGCGGCGCUGCGUGGUGUACGACGGCGAGCGCCGGGUCGUCGCCGAGGUGCAGCCCAAGGAGGCCGUCGGCACGGACGUGUUCCGGCUGGUGGUGCAGCCGGGCGUCGACGUGUCGCUCGCCAUGGCCAUGGUGGUGGCGCUCGACCAGAUGUUUGCGAGGCCGUCGCUCCUCAGGAGCUGGUCCUCGUAGAUUCCGAUUUUGCUUGUUCAAUCUAGACAGAUUUUUGCCCCUCGUCUUGGGGAUUGCGGAUUAUCACUGGAAGCUGAUAAUUCGAUUAUUGAUCUGCCUGCUCCACCUCCACCACCCUGCUGGUCGAGCCUAUUGAGAUUUUUUUUUUCUCCUUCUCUGUAGUUGUAGCUCUUUGGGCGCAUCACAUGAAAUCCCUCUCGAUUCUCUUUGGUUGUCGCCAAUCCAACCAAAAGCCAUGAAUGAAUCAUGUAAAGAGGGACGGAGAUGUAAAUAUUAAAAUGUGUAUACCGAGAAAGAAAAAUAAAAGGAUCACCAGAAAAUUCUUUUUUGGUUAUUAUUACACUGCAAUAUACCCGAUUUUCU